UUAGGUCCUCAAUAUUGGCAUUGGGUUCUCUUCUUUUUCUUUUUCCUCUGCUCGAGGUUUUGCCGCACUCUGGAAUCUUUCAGCCAAAUCAAUUUCUUCGCGCCCCCUCUUUUUCUGCUGAUAUAGACGGAGCCGAGUGUGAUUCAAUUGCUGCUCUGCCCUUUUGCACUUCCAUUCGGGGAAGAAUUCAUUCCGUAGCUGCUCCUGGGAUUUCUGUGGCUUGAAAUCAAUCUACCAUCUUCUGCAUGUUAGUUUUCAGAUUUCAGAUCGUUGCCAGAGCAGGAGAUAAGGCGACCCCUGUAUCUCGGAAUCAGGAACUUCAGUUACGUUAUUUAUGAACUCGUUGGAAAAUUUUGUUUAAUUCUCCUUCUUCUCCUUCUUCUUCUUCUUGUUUUCAUUUUCACUUUCUGUUAUGUAACCUCUUAAUUUCGGAAAUUGCUUUCUCACGGGUAUAAGGUCAAAAUUAGACUACAAAAACCGAAAGGGCGUGACUCCCCGCGAUAGUUUUGUGUAUUAUUAAACCAUCCUUGAUUAUUGCAGUAUAUAAAUUGGGAACUUUUUGGGCUUCUGAGUGCUUACCCUUGGGGUUAUUUGUUUCUAUUCCAAAUCGUUGUUUAUAGCGGAAACUAGUGGAAUCUGGCUUGAUGCUCGGAGCGUGGAGGAAUCUGCGGAAGCCCGACUCUCGAGUAGUUAUAUUUGGAUCGCCUUGUCCAUAAUAACCAAGAAUCUGAUGCUUCAGAGACUGCGAUUUUUUGACUCUUUCUGAAGCGGGUGUCUCCCAAAGGAAUGCAAACUUGAGAAGUUGGAGCUCCACCAAGGCAGUAAUACAUAUUUCUUAAGCAAGAUGAAGAAACAAUUGACAGGUAUACGGGACGAUAACCCCCUGCAGUCAGCUAUCCGAGCAGGAAAUGUAGAAUUGGCAUUGAAAAUUAUUUCUGAGAAUGGAGAUACAGAAUUGAAGGAGUUGCUUUCGAAGCAAAAUCACUCUGGUGAAACUUCCCUUUACGUUGCUGCUGAAAAUGGCCAUGUUGAUUUAAUGAAGGAAUUGAUCCACUAUCAUGAUAUUGGCAUGGCCAGUGUCAAAGCAAGAAAUGGUUUCGAUGCAUUCCAUAUUGCUGCUAAAAAUGGGUACCUGGAGAUAUUGAUGGUCCUGAAGGAUGCGAUUCCAGAACUUUCACUGACUGUUGACAUGUCAAACACUACAGCAUUGCACACUGCUGCAGCACAAGGACAUAUCGAGAUAGUAAACUUUCUCUUGGACAAAGGUAGCAAUCUGAUCACUAUUUCAAAAAGCAAUGGGAAAACUGCGUUGCAUUCUGCUGCAAGAAAUGGGCAUGUGGAGGUCGUCAGGGCCCUUCUGAACAAAGAACCUGAAAUUGCUAUGAGAAUUGAUAAGAAGGGUCAGACAGCGCUCCACAUGGCAGUUAAAGGACAAAAUCUUGAGUUGGUGGUGGAAGAGCUUGUGAAAUCAUUUCCAUCUUUGACUAACACAGUUGAUGCCAAGGGAAACACUGCACUGCAUAUCGCCACUCGGAAGGGUCGUCUACAGAUUGUUGGGAAGCUACUAGAGAACAGAGGAACAGACACAGAUGUCAUCAACAAAUCUGGAGAAACUGCUCUGGACAUUGCGGAGAAAAAUAAACACUCGGACAUUGUCAGCAUUCUUCAAGAUCAUGGAGCUCAGAGUGCCAAGUCCAUGAAUUCACAUUCUACAAACCCUGCCCUUGAACUCAAACGCACAGUGAGUGAUAUAAAAAGCGGGGUUCAUAACCAGCUAGAGCACACAAUCAGAACACGAAAGCGCAUGCAAGGCAUAGCGAAACGACUCAACAAAAUGCAAGCUGAGGGGCUUAAUAAUGCAAUCAACUCCAACACUGUCGUUGCUGUUCUUAUUGCAACGGUUGCUUUUGCUGCUAUAUUCAACAUUCCAGGCCAGUAUCCUGACCUCCAAAACGGAAAAGCACUUCCACCUGGAAUGUCUGUUGGGGAAGCAUAUAUUGCUCCACAAAUGGGAUUUUUGAUUUUCAUCAUCUUUGAUUCUACUGCCCUCUUUAUAUCCUUGGCUGUUGUGGUUGUGCAAACAUCAGUUGUGGUUAUUGAGAGGGAAGCAAAGAAACAAAUGACGGCGGUUAUAAACAAGUUAAUGUGGCUGGCUUGUGUGCUAAUAUCUGUGGCAUUCAUUGCAAUGUCAUACAUAGUUGUGGGGAAGCAUAAAUGGUUGGCCAUUGCAGCAACGGUUUUAGGGACGGUGAUCAUGGCAGCUACACUAGGAACUCUAUGUUAUUGGGUGAUUGCUCACCGGCUUGAGGCCUCCAGAUUGCGGAGUCUUAGGAGGUCAACCAUGAGCAGUAGACAGUCUCUGUCUAUGUCUAUGAUGUCGAAUUCGGAGAGUGAAUACAAGACUGUGUAUGCAAUAUAAAAUCCCAUGCUACAAUUUUCUUAUGUGCGGCUUGCCUCCCUGCCUUUUAAGGUCUUAUCAACACUAUCUCAUAAUUCAUAUAAAUAAUGCUAAUUGCACGGUUAUUUUGUCA